AUGGCUUACCUGAAGGCUUGCAGGUCAGCUGCCGUCUCUUUUCAUGGUUCCAGGGGAUGCUCGAACAUCCGGCAGAUCGAGGAAAUAUACCUUCGCCGCACUUCGAUGCCUAAAGCGAGGAAUCAGGAGAAUCUGGUCAGUGAAGGCCGUCUUCUGGAAGGACGGCUCUGGCCCGUGCUGCGGGCCACUGCAGGAAGUGGCGAUGCCUGUCGCGUGAGGGCAUGGAUGGCCAGAGCAGCGGACUGCGGAACGCCACUGGGGGUCAAAUCAGUGACUAUGCUGAUCCACGCUUAUGCUAAGGCUGCAGAUGUAGCAGCCGCGCAGACGACACUGCAUGGCAUGAAGCGGCAGCAGCUGCAUCCCAAUGUCCAGGCAUUUAACGGUGUUAUGGCUGCCUGUGCCAGGGUGUCGGACAUGGACAGCACGCUGCACUGGCUCAAUAGGAUGCAGCAGGCGUGUAUAGCACCGGAUGCUGUCUCCUUCAGAGCCUUGCCGCCUAAGCUUGAAAGUCCUACACCCAAACCCCGAAACCCUAAACCCUAA